GAGCCUGUCAUGUUUCUCAUAUAGUACAUCCUCAUCCAGCUAAGUGUGGAUUGUCAGAGCUGCCGUUACAACUUUUGAACACUCCAACAUAGCCUGUCAGCUUUGGAGAGAGGCAUGAAAGACUCCUGGCUCUCUGCCUUCCUCAACCAGUUGAGGUAACACCUAUAUUUACCAAGCAUGCCAGUAUGUAAACUUCAAAUGGUAACUGAAAGAAGCUGUAAAGCAGAAGAAGGCUAUGCAAGAGAACGACUUGUGAACUAUUUAAUGACAUGCGAGGAAGAUAGUCUUGGGAAAAGUGAGCGGACAGAUAUAACACAAAAUCAAACUACUUGUCAGAAGGAAUCCAGGUUGCCUUCUGUUGGGACACUUCCACCAUGGGAAUCCAAGAAAUUAAAACCAUCUCACUGCACUGAUAGGGUAUGGCAGCAGCACCGCCACAGCAGAAACAUGCCAAAUUCCUUUUUCGAAUCAAAUGACUGAUGAGAAAGUAGGCUGCUGUUUAAAUUUUUUUUUCAUCAGUCAUUGACAGAAGGAGCUUGGUGACAAGGGGCCAUCUUCUUAAUCAUUUCCCUCUUCAUCGUUUCCUGAAGAUCGCAUAACUUUUAGCUGGAGAGCGUACAUCUGACAUUUCAGCCCACGUGUGUUGAUGGUUUUGUAUUUUUGUUGCAGACACAAAAGCUUGUAGACUUCAAAGUCAUCUUUAGCAAGCCAUUAUGAAAUGGGAGAAGUUAAAGCCUCCUGAGCCAGAUGAUCCUAUGUGUUGCUGUGAGUGUAACUACGACCAGUAUGGAUGUUGCUGUGACUGUGAAGAUCUGGAUGAAGCCUUUAACAGGUGGCUGAAAGACAGACCACCUAAAGGUGGAUCUCAGUCUCCUGUACUUGGGGCCAUGAUUGACAAACUGGAGAUCUCCAUGAUCCCGGCCCUGGUGCUGCUACCUGUCCUGCUGCGGGUUGCAGCGCUGCACUACCUGCUGGGUAUCAUCAUCCUGACAGCUCUGCCCAUCCUGGUGCUGUGGUACUACUAUGCCACGCACAGAAAGAAGAGACGCACCCUCUUCUUCCUCACUCUUGCACUCUUCUCCCUGUUCCACAUGUAUUAUCUCUUCAUCACAGAGAUUAUACCUCGUGGGGACGUCAGCCAGCUGCAGGUGUGUGCUGUGACCACUGGGGUUAUUCUCACUGUCAUCUCUCUUAUUCACACCAAGAGAGGCACAGGAUUGGUGACCACUUCACUACAUAAAGCACACAGUCUGGAGGCUAACAAGGGCGCCGCACACCUUAAUGGAUCUGUCCAAUCAGCAGCCUCCUCAGGGACUGCAGCAGAGUUUCAGACAACAAAAGAGGCCGUGGCAGCAAAAUGGAGCAGCUGUCCUGUGUGCAAAAUAAUGCGACCCCCACGGGCCGGACACUGUCGAACCUGUGGUUCCUGUGUCCAGCGUCUGGACCACCACUGUAUCUGGAUAAACAGCUGUGUUGGACAGGCAAACCACCGCAGUUUCCUACUGACCCUCUCUGUGUUCGUGUUGACCUCUCUGUAUGGAAUCAGUUUGGUGCUCUGCAGCCUCUGUCCUCAACAGUAUCUAAUGACGGCUCUCCUCUACUGCCCCGGCGUCUACAGUCAGUCCAGCAUGGCACUUUGCUUCACCUGUGCUUGGUACAGCAGCAUUGUCACCGGUGGACUGCUUCACCUGUUGGUGGUACAAGUUCUGAAUAUCAGCUUCAAUGUGACGGAGCGCGAGGCUCAGCUGGCUCUGAGGAGCAAAACGGGCAAGAGGCGCCUGUGGGGACUCGUCAUCGUGACAGGAGAGUAUUCACGUGGCUUCUGUCACAACUGGGUUGAGUUCCUCACCAUGGCAGAUGCCUCGGUUUCUCCUCGCUCCAGCCUCACUGACUUGGUCUAGUUUCACUUUGUACUCUCUAGUAGCAGUUGUAGUAGUAACAUUAUGAUAACAGACAUUUGUGAAGAAUUGCAUUGCUUUUAGGAUAUAUCAGCUGAUGUCUUCCAAUGCUUAUUGCAUUCCAGCCUCUUCAUACAUUACAUUAAAAACUAUUGAUAUUUCCCUGCAAUCUAGGUCACAGAAUAUCAAGGUGCUAAUAUUGACUGCUUGAAAAACUACACAUUGAUAAUUGUCAUAAGGCUGCAGGAAGCACCAUGUUACUGUACAUAUUUUCUCUACCUGCAGAAUGUGAACAACAUUUAUGCUGUCUGACUGAAAUCGAAAUAUCGAAAUAUUGUUGACUGCAUGUCAAUUAAGAAAUGAAAUAAAAAAAAAUCUUGUAAGAAAUCAAGGUCAAGGUCAAGGUAAUUUUAUUUCAUACCCGCAGGUAAAAUUGUUUUGCAGAUAAAAAGAAUAAUUCGGUCAUCCACAUAAAAGACAUAAAAACAUACAACUAAUCACGUACAAAUUUACAAGUAAACAAAUAGACAUCAUGACAGACUGCGCCAUAACACAUACAUAUCCUCUAUCCAUAUUAACUGUCAAGUACUAAAACUUCUCUCUUAUUAUUUAGGAAUUCAAUUGCAGCUGGAACAAAAGUAUUCUUAUAGCGUCUUGUUUUCCAUCUCAAAGCCGCAUACCGGCGACCAGACGGAAGUAACUUAAAAUCAUUCCUUAAGGGAUGCGACCGAUCACUCAAGACAGCACUUGCUUUCCGGUACAGCUGAUUUGUGUAAAUAUUUCCUAAGUUCCUUUGAUUUAAUCCUAUUAUCUUACUUGCCCAUCUUACAAUUUGGUUUAAGGAGUUUCUGUUCUUCACUGACAGGCUUCCAUACCACACCACUAUGGAAAAUGACAUAAAAGAUUCAAUAAAAGCGAGAUAAAACAAAGUCAACAUACGUCUGUCAAUGUGAAAUUUGGCGAGUUUCCUAAGGCAACUCAAACGUUGAUGACCCUUUUUACAGACCAUAUCACAAUUCAACUCAAAUGACAGUUUUGAAUCUAUCACUGUACCAAGAUAUUUAUAACUCUCCACCUGAUCCACAGCCUGUCCUUUAAUAAUCGUGGUGACGUGAUCAACAGCGUGUGUUCUAAAAUCAAUUUAGAAAUGAAAGACACUGUGGGGUUUAAGUAAAAGAAGAACAACAGCCAUGAUUCAGUUCUGAUCUGUAUUUUAGGUAUCUGCCUUUGGAUGCCUCCCUGUGGAGGUCUUUGGAGUCAAACUGGUAGAAAUGCCAGUGACACGCUGGGGGCUUUAUAUAUCCCAUCAUAGCACUUGUGUUCAUUCAGCAUUUGUUAUAACAAAACAGGUAUGAAAACCUGACCUGCAUCUGAAACCUGUGAGUGAGUGGUGGGUGUACAGUCAAAAGUUCCUAGAGCAGCUUCAGCCAUCUUUAAUGUUAUGACUGAUGCAAUCUGUAUUAAUUUAAUAUUCUUCUCUGCAGUGCUCUGUUUUAUUGAUUUUUUAAUGUAAUGGUUUUUGUCCAUUGCUUUCGGAUAGUGCCAGUGAUACUCCGAAAUACACAUUUUAAGACAUGCAGGGAUUGUUUCUGUAAAUGGUCAAUUACUAUUACAUAAUAUAAUUAUGUUUUUAUAUUAAGCUGAAGGCCAUAGUCCUGUCCACCAUUGUAAUGUAUACGAUUUAAUGUGUAUAAGUAAAUCUAUUCACUCUUAUAUAGCAUAAUAAA